AUGAAGCUUCCAGUUAUGCCAAUAGGAGAAGAUUUUAGCGAAACCGAACUUUGCUCGUGGUUUGUUAAACCAUUCGUAUCUGGGAUUUUUGACGAUCUAGACAAUGAUACCUAUCUAUGUUGGACAAAUGAGCCUACAUUGGAAGCCAAAUCCAUGCGUGAAUCCAACGGUAGACCUGACAUCUGCAUUACGAAAUUCUGUGGCGUUCAAGCAAAAAAGGCUGUAAAAGGAAGAGGUACCUUAUCUGCAAUAGCAAUUGGUCUUUCUGGUUUAGCUUCACUCCUUUUUGAUGCAGCCUUUCCUCAGUUUGAUCCAAAAGCCAGUCAGUCCAACAGUAAUAAAUUUAAAACGAAUGCCACUUCUUUCUUUAGUGCAAACGAAUAUUGGCCUACUGUCGAUGACAGUAAUACUGCUUGA